AUGCUGUUCUCAAAAGCAAGGAUUUUGAGAAAACCAUUGGUAAUUAUUGGACACGAAAAUAUUGUAUCUCAGCUCUUCUCUACUAGCUUUGAGGUAAGUUCUUCUGAAACCUCUUUACCUUCUCCAACAAACGAAAAAUCCUCUAAAUUUGAUAGUAGCACCAUAAAAAGUGGCUUAACAAGCCAGUUUGGUCUCAUUCGCCUUGAAUCUAGUCCAGUUAAACACAUAAACGACCAAAGCUAUGAUGAGUUUACUUCUGAUGUGGAAAAGAUUUAUAGAAUAUUGAGAAAAUUCCAUUCAAGGGUUCCUAAAUUAGAGCUUGCUUUGAAAGAAUCUGGGGUUGUUAUGAGGCCUGGAUUAACUGAGCGUGUGUUAAAUCGUUGUGGUGAUGCUGGGAAUUUGGCAUAUAGAUUCUUUGCUUGGGCUUCUAAGCAAUCGAAUUAUCGGCAUAGUCAGGAAGUGUACAAAGCUAUAAUUAAGGUUUUGGGGAAAAUGCGGCAAUUCGGUGCUGUUUGGGCACUCAUUGAAGAAAUGAGGCAAGAGAAUCCUCAGUUAAUUUCACCACAAGUGUUUGUUAUUUUGAUGAGGAGGUUUGCUUCUGCAAGGAUGGUUCAGAAGGCUAUUGAAGUGUUGGAUGAAAUGCCUAAGUAUGGGUGCGAGCCAGAUGAAUAUGUUUUUGGGUGUUUGUUGGAUGCAUUGUGCAAGAAUGGUAGCAUUAAGGAAGCAGCUUCACUUUUUGAGGACAUGAGAUUUCGGUUUCCACCGACUGUCAAGCAUUUUACUUCGCUGUUGUAUGGUUGGUGUAGAGAAGGGAAGCUUAUGGAAGCGAAACACGUGUUGGUUCAGAUGAAGGAUGUAGGCAUUGAACCAGAUAUUGUGGUUUAUAACAAUUUACUUAGUGGGUAUGCUCUAGCUGGGAAAAUGGGGGAUGCUUAUGACCUUUUGAAAGAGAUGAGAAGGAUAGGUUGUGAACCAAAUGCAACCUCGUACACAAUCUUGAUCCAGUCACUUUGUAAACAUGAAAAAAUGGAGGAGGCAAUGCGGAUAUUUGUUGAGAUGGAGAGAAAUGGUUGUGAGGUGGAUACUGUAACUUAUACCACUUUGAUAAGUGGGUUUUGCAAGUGGGGAAAAAUAAAAAAGGGUUAUGAGCUUUUGGAUCAGAUGAUACAGCAAGGCCAUUCCCCAAAUCAGCUGACUUAUCAGUAUAUCAUGAUGGCCCAUGAAAAGAAGGAAGAACUGGAAGAGUGUAUGGAACUAGUGAAUGAGAUGCAGAAGGUUGGUUGCACUCCCAAUCUUAACAUCUAUAAUACAGUCAUUAGGUUGGCUUGCAAGUUGGGAGAGGUUAAGGAAGGUGUUCGGCUUUGGAAUGAAAUGGAAGCAAGUGGACUUAAUCCAGACAUUGACACCUUUGUCAUCAUGAUUAAUGGGUUUCUUGAGCAAGGUUGUCUAGUUGAAGCUUGUGAGCAUUUCAAACAGAUGGUUGGGAGGGGGCUUUUUGCCACUCCUCAAUAUGGCACCUUGAAGGAGUUGAUGAAUUCUCUUUUAAGAGCUGAGAAGCUUGAAAUGGCCAAAGAUACUUGGAAUUGUAUCACAACUUCUAAAGGUUGUGAGCUGAAUGUGAGUGCGUGGACAAUCUGGAUUCAUGCACUCUUUUCAAAAGGACAUGUGAAGGAGGCUUGUUCAUUCUGUAUAGACAUGAUGGAUAAUGAUUUAAUGCCACAGCCAGAUACUUUUGCAAAGCUUAUGCGUGGUUUGAGGAAAUUGUAUAACAGGGAAUUUGCAGCAGAGAUCACAGAGAAGGUAAGGAAAAUGGCUGCUGAUAGGAAGAUCACUUUCAAGAUGUAUAAACGGAGAGGGGAAAGGGACUUGAAAGAAAAGGCUAUGGAGAAAAAGGAUGGGAGGAAAAGGAGGGCCAGACAACACCGUUGGGGUGGAGGCCGGAAAUCCAAUACAUUAUAAUUUGCAUCAGUGAAACUUGACAUACAAUCUCUAGAUUUCCUGGAGGAGUCUGGUUUCUGGCCAGAAUUUGGUCAAGCAAUUUAAUUGGAUGGUAAUUAAUUUUUGACUCAAGGAGACAUAAUUGGAAGACAUUAGAGAAGCUGCUUCUUUCUUUGAGAUUGAAGCCCUCUUUGAAACUAAUCCAAGGGACUCAGUUUCGUGCAUAUCUACUGAAGAAUGACAAAAUUUUGUGCAAGAAUGCUCCUCUGUAAUCUGCAGCUAUGAGAUAUGCCUGGCUACCUAUUGGAUGAGACAACUACAUAUUAGACUAAACAAUGAAAAGCAAGGUAAAUUGUCAAGCUUGACAGGGAUCCAAGACAUAGUCAAGCUUGUUCUCUGCUGUGGUAUAACUACUACUUUUCACCAUUGAUUUUAUUUACCACCUACUCCAAGUUUAUGUCCGAGAGAGAGAGAGAGAGAGAGA